ACUCCCAAAGUCCAUGAGAGUGAUGUUACCCUCAUUUUAAAUGGCCUGCUGGAGGGAUAUGACAACAAACUGAGGCCAGAUAUAGGAGUGCAACCAACAGUAAUUCACACUGAUAUGUAUGUCAAUAGCAUUGGCCCAGUAAAUGCUAUCAAUAUGGAAUAUACAAUUGAUAUAUUUUUUGCCCAAACCUGGUAUGAUAGACGACUAAGAUUCAACAGCACCAUAAAAGUUCUGAGGUUGAAUAGCAACAUGGUGGGGAAGAUCUGGAUUCCUGAUACAUUCUUUCGAAACUCAAAAAAAGCAGAUGCACACUGGAUAACAACACCCAAUCGAAUGCUCAGGAUCUGGAAUGAUGGCAGGGUUCUCUACACUCUCAGACUGACAAUAGAUGCAGAGUGUCAAUUACAGUUACACAAUUUCCCAAUGGAUGAACACUCCUGUCCCCUGGCAUUUUCAAGCUAUGGCUACCCCAAGGAAGAAAUAAUCUAUAUGUGGAAACGCAGUUCAGUGGAAGUGGGAGAUACUAGAUCCUGGAGGCUCUAUCAGUUCUCAUUUAUUGGACUUAGAAAUACAACUGAAGUGGUUCCAACAACAUCAGGAGAUUAUGUAGUGAUGGCGGUCUAUUUUGAUUUAAGCAGAAGGAUGGGCUAUUUCACCAUUCAAACAUAUAUCCCCUGCACGCUCAUUGUAGUGCUCUCCUGGGUUUCUUUCUGGAUUAAUAAGGAUGCUGUACCAGCCAGAACAUCUUUGGGUAUUACAACUGUCCUGACAAUGACCACUCUCAGUACCAUUGCUCGCAAAUCUCUUCCCAAAGUCUCUUAUGUGACAGCAAUGGAUCUCUUUGUAUCAGUUUGCUUCAUUUUUGUUUUUUCUGCACUGGUGGAGUAUGGGACUCUUCAUUAUUUUGUUAGUAACAGAAAGCCAAGCAAGGAUAAAGACAAAAAGAAGAAAAAUCCUCUUCUUCGGAUGUUUUCAUUCAAGGCACCAACAAUUGAUAUCCGUCCAAGGUCAGCGACGAUUCAAAUGAACAAUGCAACACACCUCCAAGAGCGGGAUGAAGAGUAUGGCUAUGAGUGUCUUGAUGGCAAGGACUGUGCAAGUUUUUUCUGCUGCUUUGAGGAUUGCCGAACAGGAGCUUGGCGGCAUGGAAGGAUACAUAUUCGCAUUGCCAAAAUGGACUCCUAUGCCCGCAUAUUCUUCCCCACGGCCUUCUGUUUGUUUAACCUGGUUUACUGGGUAUCUUACCUUUAUCUUUAAACAAGCAGAAAGGAAGUUGAUGACAUGAGCCUUAUUGUUGGGAUUUUAUUAGAAGAUUGGUUUCCUGUAUGAUUUCACUUCAGUGCCAUGAUCUAGUUGCUUCGGUGCAUAUGAGGGGACUUAAAAUAAACACAUGGACUAUCCUGCAGGCAGGAGCCAUCCCAUUCUCUUCUGCCCCAGGGAAUGCGCUGCACAUAUAUCAUUAUCCAUGCAUAGCAUUCCUUGACCUAAGGAGGGAAUGGCUCAGCCCUGGUCUGUUGA